AUGACAUUGAACAAUACAUUUAAUCUUGUAUGUACCAAAAAAGAUGAAGAUUUUGUAUUAAUAUUUCGAUUUGUCAUUGGUGGGUGGUUAUCAAUUAUCACCUGCAUAUUAGGAUUAUUAGGUAAUACAUUUUCAAUAAUUGUAUUAGCCAAUAAACGUAUGAGAACAUUAUCAACAAAUGUAUAUUUAAUUGCAUUGGCCGUUGCAAAUCUUCUUUGGCUCAUAUUAUUUUUUAUAUUUUAUGCAAUUCGUUUCACUAUUAUAAUUCCACAUUUUAUUUCUAAAACUCAAAACAAUUUAUACAAUAAUUAUGAUGAAAUAUUUUAUCAAUUAUCACCAUACAUUAUUCCUCUAAUGAAUACUCUUGAAUUAUGCAUAACUUGUUACACAGUAGCUGUUUCUGCUGAUCGUUAUUUACAUGUUUUCAUGGGUUUAAAUGCUGCUCAUUACUGUACUGUACGAAAUUCUUUACGUAUUAUACUAUUAUUAACAAUAUUUUCAAUUAUUUUUAUAAUACCGUAUUGGUUUAAAUUUCGUGUUGUUAAACAAAUUGAUAUUCAAAAUCGAACUCAUCAUGAAGUAUUGAAUAAAUUUAUUGUGGUAUAUAUUAUACCAUUUGUUAUAUUAAUAUUUAUGAGUAUUCUAACAGCACGUGGACUUACACAAUAUUAUGAUGAACAUCGUCGUUUAUUGUCAACAUCUAUUCGACAAAUGGCAAUGUUGAAGAUGAAUUUAGUUUACUAUCGACGGCACUAUCAUGUGACAAUCAUGCUUAUAGCAGUUGUACUUUUAUUUCUCGUAUGUCGUAUUCCAAUUUUUAUUAAUCAAAUCUAUGAAGUUCAAUAUUCCGUACGAGAGAAGUAUAUAUCACCAUCUACUCUUGAUUUUCAAUGUCAAAUACAACCUAUCUUCUAUACAUUUGCCAGCUUUAUGCAAACACUUAAUUCUAUUGGUAAUUUAGUCAUUUAUCUACUUUGUUGUCAAAAUUGUCGUGAAACAUCAAAAUAUUUACUUAAAACAUUAUUAACUUAUACAUAUUGUGAGGUUCUCUUUUGA